AUGGUCACGAGGGAAGAGCCUUCGAUCGUCAAUUUUCCUUCGCACUUCGGCCAUUUUUGCUAUAAUAGGCGAAAGACUAUAGGCAAAAGUUGGGCUUCCUUGCUGCUACCUGUGGAGUUGCCUCUAAUGGAUUCUAAAGCACUACAGCUUCUUAUCCUCAGCUUGGUUUCAAUUGGCCAUUUCCCCAAUUGGGGGACUUCUCAGUGCGAUCGAGCUCAUCUUCUCAAAGAAUGCGUCCCGUGUGUGGCAUCUGGCACUGUUCUUGAGCAUCCCGACGUCAAUUGCUGCAAAGCAGUGAAUGUUCUAGGCCACAACUGCUUGUGUUCACUCAUUGUUUCUUCUACUGGUGUUCUUGCCAAAGAAACAAUGAAGAGAUAUGUAGAGUCCUGUCAAGUAGUGCUCCCAGAGGAUUACCAAUGUGAAGGCAUCAUGUAAGGGAAGUUGUGUAUGUAUUUAUAUGCAAAUACUUUCUAGUUAUAUACGUAUUUAUAUGCAAGUUUGUUCUUGGUGUUUUCUAAUUUCAGCCUAUACCAUUCUUAUUAUAAACUUAA